ACCCUCUCAGCUCUCUGCAGAGGGGCCCAGCGUCGGCCCCCGUGACCCGGUGUCCCGGGCCCCGCAGCUCCCAAAGCCGCCGCCCGAUUCUCGAAGGCAGCGGGGACGCCUCGGGGACGCGGGACGGCUGCGCCAUGACGGCCGAGAGCGGGCCGCCGCCGCCGCCGCCGCAGCCGGAGGCGCUGGCGGCCGUGAAGGAGGAGCGCGGUGAGGCGGGGGCCGGCGGGGUACCUGCGGAGGCCGCGGGUCGCGGCGCCGGUGGGCGGCGGCGGAAGCGCCCCCUGCAGCGGGGCAAGCCGCCCUACAGCUACAUCGCGCUCAUUGCCAUGGCCAUAGCGCACGCGCCGGAGCGCCGCCUCACUCUGGGCGGCAUCUACAAGUUCAUCACCGAGCGUUUCCCCUUCUACCGCGACAACCCCAAAAAGUGGCAGAACAGCAUCCGCCACAACCUCACGCUCAACGACUGCUUCCUCAAGAUCCCACGCGAGGCCGGCCGCCCGGGCAAGGGCAACUACUGGGCGCUCGACCCCAACGCCGAGGACAUGUUCGAGAGCGGCAGCUUCCUGCGCCGCCGCAAGCGCUUCAAGCGCUCUGACCUGUCCACGUACCCGGCUUACAUGCACGACGCGGCCGCCGCCGCCGCCGCCGCGGCCGCCGCCGCCGCCGCCGCCAUCUUCCCGGGCGGCGUGCCCGCUGCGCGCCCUCCUUACCCCGGCGCGGUCUACGCCGGCUACGCCGCACCGUCGCUGGCCGCGCCGCCCCCGGUCUACUACCCGGCCGCCUCGCCAGGCCCGUGCCGCGUCUUCGGCCUGGUGCCUGAGCGGCCGCUCAGCCCGGAACUGGGCCCCGCGCCCUCGGGGCCCGCCGGUUCCUGCUCCUUUGCCCCGGCCGGCGGCUCUGCGGCUAGCACCGCUUACCAGCCGGCCGGCUGCGCCGGUGCCCGACCCGCCAACACUUCCGCCUAUGCGGCCGCCUACGCUGGCCCCGACGGCACGUACUCGCAAGGGGCCGGCGGGGCCCUCUUCGCAGCGGCUGGCCGGUUGGCCGGGCCCGCUUCGCCCCCCGCGGGUGGCAGCGGCGGCGGCGUCGAGACUGCGGUGGACUUCUAUGGGCGCACAUCGCCCGGCCAGUUCGGAGCGCUGGGGCCCUGCUACAAUCCUGGUGGGCAGCUCGGAGCGGGCAGUGGAGGCGCCUACCACGCUCGCCACGCGGCUGCCUAUCCGGGCGCGGUGGAUCGGUUCGUGUCCGCCAUGUGAGCGGAGCAAACAGGCGAAAAGUCAUAGAUACCUCGACUGUCCUUACGAACUAAGUAUCCACGAAACCUGAGGACAGGACUGGACAGACGGCCGGAUUGAGAGCCACGUGGCAGGGACCGAGCCGGCGUGACAGGCGCAGACUCGGGGCACCGCGUACCCCGGGCGCCUGCCGGGCGGCUUUGAAAACGGGAGGUGGGGAGAAGCGUCCGAGGCCCACGGACUGGGACAACAGACCCUCAUAGAGGCGCAACUCCAAAGGUCUUGCCUUUGACAUUCUACCGGGGAGGGCCCUCGGCUCUAAAAGGGGCAGAAGGUAGCGUCUACUCCAGAGUCUAGAGGGAUGGUGGAAAAUCACAUGAUUUCACUCUUCCCGGUACUUUUAGAAACUCUAUUUACACAGUUCGACCUCUUGUGCCUUUGACUACCUUAUUACAAUAAAAGACUCCUAUAGCGUCUUCCUACAUAAGGUGAGGAAGACUAAUUUGCAAAAGAAGUAACUUUUUUUUUUAAUGGGAAAGAUCUCUGUUUAGCUUGACCGAGGCCUGCUUUUUCCAGCCUCUAAGAACUGCAAACCCGGCUCUGAAUCUGGACUGUGCUGGGUUGCCACAGUGUGACCCAGUUCCAUCACUCACACCCCCAGUGUUCCCAUGUGAUAUACAGGAAGGCUGCAGAAUUCAACCGGGCCCCAUAUGAUCUUUAAGGGCCCAUCAGGGUUGCUGCCGCCCUGCACAUUUGGCAGCAUGAGUGGGCCACCCAAGGCCCAACCUUACUCCAGGGAAUGGGAACAGAGCUCAUGGCAAGCAACUCUGGAUUAGCUCCAGGCCCCGAUUAUGUCAUAAUUUCUUGAAUCUUUUCAGCAUGAUGUGCUGAUCAUUCGGCAGCUAUUACUGCUGGGUCAUAAAUGUGGUUUUCCAAUGAGGCAGGUAGAAAUACAUUUGUCCAUUGCCCACUCUUUCUUUUCAUUAAGCCCUGGGCCCAAUGGGUGAGUUAAAAUUCAAAGAGAUGACAAAACUCUCUUGAGUCUCUUGGUGACAGCUUUCAUUUUGUGGGCUGGCCCUUCCAUCCCCGGCACCCUUUGCCGUACCUCCGUAGCUUCCUCAUGCAAAAAAGAAAGAGAAAAACUAACAGGGGCAGUCAGUUAGACUUUAGAAAGAAACCGGCAUUUAACUUUGUUUUGUUUCCAUUUAUUUCUUUUAAGCUACAAGAUGACCAAGAUCAGAAAAAUAAUAAAUCCAAGCAUUUCCCCACCUUUCUCAUGAGAAAUCUUGUAAGUUUCAAUUCUGGAGCAAAACUUUCUAGCAUUAAAUAUUUCAGAGGCUCAUUGUGCAGUUUCAGAUAAACUUGAGUGUUCAUAUGAACUGUUUCUAAUAAAAAUCUUUGAGUGAGUUCUGGCAA